GUCCCAUAUCCUCCUUCUCUGACCAAAUUUAUCUAACUCCUUUCUUCCCCCUUAUUCUUUUCUUGACUCUUUCCUUCGUAUUUGAUUGUUUCUUUCUCCUUCUCGUUCCUACCACCCCUUUUUCUCCAAAUCUGAUGCUCGGCGGAUUAUUUAACAAAAAAGAGUAGCGUUUUCUUCUGAGUUCUGUUUGGUAUAUCUUUUGUAAGAAAUCGCGAUUUCUUGGCAAGAUUUUUGGAGGUCGAAUUUUCUUGGUGGUAAAGUUGGGCCGGAUGGAGGAAUUGAAGAACUGGGUUGGUGGCCUGCAACAGCGUCGUGUGGUAAAGAAACGUCCUUUUUAAUGUCUCGUUGUGUCGGCUCUCUCUUUAAUUCGUAGGUUUUUGGAAUCGGCGUUAACUCCGGCAGGUUGGGAAGGUGGAGGAGAUCUCCCAUCUGGGCCGAAUUUCGUCUGCGGUGCGGCAGAUUGAGAGGUAUUUCUGAUAUCAGACAGCUGGGGUAUAAUGGUGAAAUGAGUGUUGUUUAUGACUAAGCAGCAUGCAUGGUAGGAAAUGGAAGAAGGGACAGGCAAUCUCCAGUAGAUUAAUUCCACACAACAAAAUGAAGUGCUUGUGUUCUGGGGAACAACUGAAAGUGGAUGAAAUGAUUCAGUCGUCUGAGUCUGUCACUACCAAGGAUCGCUCAGCCAGUGGGUAUUCUUCUCAAAAUGGUGAGGGUGAGCAGAGGCUUGACACUAGCAACAUUGAAGAAGCUGAAUCUUCUCUCCGUGAGGGUGUACGUCUGAAUUAUGAGGAAGCUAGAGCAUUGCUUGGAAGAUUAGAAUAUCAGAGAGGAAAUACAGAAGCUGCACUUCGUGUAUUUGAUGGAAUAGACAUAGCUGCAAUAGCCCCUAAGAUGAAAAUAUCCAUUUCUAAAAGAACAGAACGUCGCAAGUUUCGUUCACACUGGGAUGUGCCACUGAUGUCGAAACAUGCUGUUAGUCUGCUUGUUGAAGCAAUAUACCUUAAAGCAAGAGCACUGCAAGAUCUUGGCAGGUUUAAAGAAGCUGCUCAAACAUGCAACAUUAUUCUGGAUACUGUGGAAUCUGCAUCACCUGAAGGCCUACCUGAGAACUUUACUACUGACUGUAAAUUACAGGAGACAGUGUGCAAGGCAGUUGAGUUGCUCCCAGAGCUAUGGAAGCUGGCUGGCUUCUCCCAUGAAGGCAUCUUGUCAUACCGGAGGGCCCUUCUUAGUCACUGGAGCCUUGAUGCUGAGUCUGUUGCAAAGAUACAAAAAGAAUUUGCUAUUUUUCUUCUUUAUGGAGGUUGUGAUGCAAGUCCUCCUAACCUCCGGUCCCAAAUGGAUGGUUCGUUUAUACCUAGAAACAAUAUAGAAGAGGCUAUUCUUCUAUUGAUGAUUCUCCUGAGGAAGUUUAGUCUCAAGAGGAUUGAGUGGGACCCAUCUAUCAUUGAUCAUCUCAUUUUUGCUCUAUCUGUAUCUGGGCAGCUAAAUUCUCUAGCCAGUCAGAUUGAAGAGUUAUUACCUGGUGUCUUGGAUAGGAAAGAACGGUAUUAUACCCUUGCAUUAUGUUACUUAGGGGAAGAUGAUAAUUUAACUGCUUUGAAUCUACUGAAAAAGUUAUUGAGCGCCAUGGAGGACCCAAACUGUGUUAAAGCAUUAUUGCUAGCUUCAAAGGUUUGUGGGGGGAACAGUGCUUAUGCAGAAGAAGGUGUUUCUUUUGCACGCAGGGCACUUUCUAAUUUGGAUAGAGGUUGUGACCAAAUGGAAAGUGUUGCCAAUUGUCUACUAGGUAUUUCUCUUUCAUCUCAGGCUAGAUCUUCUGCCUCUGAUUCAGAGAGAGUUUCAAGGCAGAAUGAAGCGCUUGAGGUUUUGGAAAAGGCUGAACGAAUGAUGCUUGGAAAAGAUCAUAGGAUAUUAUUUAAUCUCAGCCUAGAAAAUGCUGAGCAGAGGAAGUUGGAUGCAGCACUUCGUUAUGCAAAGCAGCUUUUGAAAUUAGAGGCUGGCUCAAAUGUCAAGGGAUGGAUUCUAUUAGCUCGAAUAUUUUCUGCUCAAAAGAGGUUUGUUGAUGCUGAGACUAUAGUGAAUGCUGCCCUGGAUCAGACUGGAAAGUGGAGCCAGGGAGAACUAUUGAGAAGUAAAGCUAAAGUCCAGAUUGCACAGGGGAAACUGAAGAAUGCAGUUGACACGUACACUCAUCUUCUUGCCACUAUUCAACUUCGGACCAAAAUCUCUAGUGUUGGGAUAAAGUCUUCAAAGGGUGGGAAAUGUGACAGAAGUUUGGAAAUAGAGACAUGGCAUGAUCUAGCUAACAUCUACAUAAGCAUGUCUCAAUGGAGGGAUGCAGAAGUUUGCCUUUCUAAAUUAAAAAGUACUAGUCCAUACUCUGCUUUUGGGUGGCAUGCCACAGGGAAGCUAUAUGAAGCAAAAGGCCUGCUCAAAAAAGCUCUAGGAGCUUAUACCAAAGCACUAGAUUUAGAGCCCACCCAUGUUGCAAGUUUGGUCUCUACAGCAACAGUUCUGAGACAGCUCGGCAAUCGGCCAAUGGCUGUUGUGAGAAGUUUCUUGACUGAUGCAUUGCAGCUGGACAGAACUAACCACAUUACCUGGUUUAAUCUAGGUCUUCUUUAUAAAGCUGAGGGUGGCAGAUCAGUACUUGAGGCCGCUGAGUGUUUUCAGGCUGCUGCUCUUCUUGAAGAGACUGCACCAGUCGAGCCAUUCAGAUGACAUCUUUAUCUAAUGGAGGAAUUUUAUCCUCAUGCAGAUUCAGAUGCAAAGGACAGAUCAAUUUACAAGAGUUUUAGGUGAGAAUUUGUUAUCUGAAUUAUUUUUAGUAUCGCUAUACCUGAAAAUUUCCAUGAAUAAUGUGUAUAUGCUAAAUUUCCUAAUAAAAUUAUCAUGGUAAAGCAUGCAAUGUCUCUUCUUGAUGUAUACUCAUAAUUAGGUUUUAGAUAGGCCUCCAACUUGAUUGUUUCUUGUUUUCAGAGACACCACGGUAGUUGACAUCAUUCGGUUGAUAACAGGGCUUUAAUCUAAGAAAGAAAUAGAGCUAACAUCUUGUUUCGAUAUAUUCUUUGAUGUUCGUAGUUUUUUUAAUUUGGCAUAGGAUACCUUUGUGUUUUUUGAAAAGAUCUUUCUAUAAAAAAUGAAAGAAAGAAAGAGGAUAGGAGUUUUCUAAGUUACGUAGAAAUUAAUGUAUUACUCAUGUAGAAAUAAGAAAUUUAAAAGUGCAAACUGUGAGUGAGAAGAGAACCAGAGGAACCAUGGGAAAGUGGGCAUUUCCAUAAGCAAGCAUCAUAAGUUACCGUCAUUCAUAUGUGGGUCAGAUGGGAACCAUGGGAUUAAGGGUCAGUAUUAAUGGCAAAUUCUGUAUCUGGAAGCUAGCAUUAUGUUCUAUUAAAGCUACUGUUCCUGUACGAGCAGUGGAAUCAAUAACAGUGAAAGUCAUUUUGGAAUCGCUGAAUUGGGUAAAAGAAAAGAGGAGACUGAAAAAAAAAUUUGAGAGUAGUGGGAGACUGAAUAAUUAAAAAGAAAAAAAAAGGUCUUUACCUUUGACUAGAAAAGGAAAGAGGAACUACUAAAUUGGGACCAUCUUGACCCUAACCAAUCCAACUCAAAUCACCUUCUAGGCCAUUUGUGACCUAGCUGUAGCAGGUUUGGACCACAGAGUCCAUUGCUUUGAGCCAAGGUGCCAGGCCAGCAUGUUGGAUGAUGUUAUAUAUACCCUUCAUGUUUCUGUUACUGGAAUUCGGUAAACAAGAUAUUCACAGAGCCGUGGUUUCAUUCACUUUAUGUAUAUUUACCUAGGUCCCAUGGGGGUAAUACUUUGUUGAGUUUUAUAUUCAGGGCACCCACCCUUGAAAUAAAUUUAUGCUUUCUCACUAAUUUGGGGAACUAUUAUGCUGGUUUAACUUCCUCAUCCUUGUUUAUGAUUUUACUCUAUGCUGUAGUCUAUAGAUGUUCCUGGUAGACAUUUGCUAAUUGUUAUAAUUGAGUUCCAGAAUGCUCAUUCACAAUAGUAUUAAUUUUUGGCUUCACGAAAUAAUAUUUGUCAUGUCAAUCAGCGAGUCUCUGUUUGGUUGCUGAGGAAGUGAAAGAACAGAAAGACGGAUCUUUUCUAUUCUUUAAUACUGGAAAGAAAAAUAAGGAGAAGAACAAAGAGAUAAUAAUGAGCCAAAUUUUUCCAACUAGCCUAGUAUUUUUCCAUCGAAAGCUAAUAACUUUGAGAGAUCAACAAAGGCAAGUGGUUCAAUGAUGAGAACUUUCUCUACAACUCUGCAAUGUCGUUUGAAAUCAAACAUGAGAAAUUUUGAUAUGUUCUUUUCUUGCACUGAUUUUUUCCAGCUCGCUGCAACCAAACAGAGCCUAAGAGUGUAAAACAUAUAUCUGCUGGUAGCCCGGCAAGAAUUGAUCAUGCUUGUAGAGAGUUUUAUAAAAGUGGUUUUCUGUAUAUAUUGCACUCCAAGAUGGCAAGAGAAGCCCAAAAGGUAAGCUCCCAUCUAUUUUAAGAAAAACUUGACAGUAAGAAAAGUCUUUUUUUUCAUACAAAGUGGUUUCUUGGUGGUUUAAACUAUUUUGAUGGAUUAGCAUGGAAUUUCUAGGAGAAUAAUAAUACACUAGUUGUGAUACUCUGGGAGAACAAUAACGUAAAAGACCAUACCAAGGAAAGCUAGUAUUUUCAUUAACUUUUUUUAAUUUUCAUUGCCAGCCUAUUGCAGUUUUGUUUUGAAGACCUGCUCAUUGAAGAAAUUUGCAUUGUUGUUGAUUUAUUUUGGAUUUACUUUGCUUGUAUCCUUGUAUAAAAUGAUCUCAUUUCCUUUUUAGUAUUCCCUAUCCCCUAUUUCUGUAUUUUUCUUAUUCCUUACAUCCACUUCCUUCAAACUUUUUCCUAACUGCCAAAUCUUUUGUAGAUAUGAAGUAAAAUUCCAGGUCUCCUUUGUGACUAAGAGGCAACUACAUUAUAGUACAAAAAGGCAAAAAUGCAUGCUAUGUUCAUCUUAUUUAUAGAUUCCCUUCUUUUUUUUUUCGUGCUAGACGAAAGGGAGAGAGGGGGGGAGGGAAACCUCACUGCGUAGCAGCCCCCACCUCCCUUCCAUCAGAGAAUGUUCGAUGCGGGUAAAAAAUUUUGUUUAUACCCUCCCCGAUCCGUGGGUCACCCCAUGUGUGAGUACGUCACCCCUAGCGCCAGCUAGAACCAGAUAGCAUUUCCACCGAGCGUGUCCAGGCGGAGGCAUCUGUCCCCACAUAUUAUCGACGCCUGCGAGUUUCGAACCUGGACCGCGCCGAUGGAAGAAAAGCCCUAUUUAACUGUGCUACCACCUUGGUGCUUGAACUUUUGCAAGUUCUGACUGCUACAUAUGGUGGUAGUAUUAACAAUAAUGUUGUUGUAAUUAUAUGUAAUUCAUUUCAUCAUCUGUCAUUCAGGGAGCUGAGUUCAAAAGCACCGCCAACAGGGUGCCUGGUUGGCCUUGAUUGGUGCUUUUGAGUACCUACCAGUUGCAUCAUCUUGUGGAACUUGCCUGAUCAUUCUCUUCAAAUUGAUACUCGAGGCACUCACUGUCAAGAAUAAGGAUGAUUGGCACUGGUAAUUGUACUUGCUGAGAAUAGCUUAUGGCUUCAUCUGUGUACUGAGAAUAAUUCAACAUUUUCUGACACGGUAUCAGCGUAGUUUGGUACGGGUCCCAGUUUAUUAAAGUUGAUUCUGGCAUCAUAGUUGUAGUUGAUAUGAAGGUCAGAUGAAUUUCGGCUUCUCAGCAUUGAAUGAGAAAAUCCAAUCCUGCAUAUUACGGUCCAAUAAUUGUUAAUUAGCUUUCAUGUGAUUCUUCAUUUCACUUCUUGCACCCAAAGAAAGAUGGCUUUACUAAGAGAUUCUGAUUGGCUUCUCAAUGUCUCUCUACUUAUGCCCUUAAAUCCAACUCUUUUCAUUGCUGGUAAAGUGAUCUACGUAUUUCAUGAUCACAGCUGAAACAGAUCAAUAGUACCUGGACCUGGAAAUAAGGGGCGGAAGAGAGUAUUCUUUCUUAACUUUUUGGGUGUGAUCAGAGUGAUGAUCAAUGAAUAAAUCAGCCCAUGGCAAGUUUGGAAGGAUCCGGGUUGGCUAUUAGCAUUCAAACCGGUCAUUGUUUACCUGAUUUAUCUUGAUAUUUUUUCCACAAUAUGAUCUGCUUGAAUACAUUAUUUUCUAUAUCCUGCAUCCUCCUAGCAGUUGUUAUAUUCCCUUAAUAUCUGUUUUGCUGGCCCCAGGCUUGCUGAUCAAGUGGAAGGGGAGCAAACCCAGAUCAUAACAGGUUGACGGGUUUCUGUUAUUCUUUGCAUGAUAACUAAAAUGAGGGGACGGACCUCAAAUAUCGAGUACAAUGUGUUGCACAGAGUACGACGAAGAAGUCAAUACGACUUUGGAGAAACUUCUCCAAGAUAUAAAUUUUAUAAUAACAAAGUCCGGUAUAUAUGAGGCAUGGAAGAGCCUAUCGUGUGCGCUCCCAAGUGGAGUUUGGAAAUUGGAAUCCAUUGUUUUCAAACAGCCUGACUACUUACUGGUCCAGGGAGAAAUCCUGGCUUCUGAAAGAAAGGUUAGGGACAUGGCCUGUGCAGAUGGUACCAAUAUUUUUCUCUCUUGCUCUUCUUUAUUUUUCCUUCAACACAAAAAAAGGGUUAACCAUGAGCCUGCCUGACUUGCAGGGUUGCAGAUCUCACUGCACUUUUUAGCUUAUUGUUUGAAACAAUGAAAUGAAAUGUUUAAAAGUCUAUUGAUUCUUGUU